AUAUACAUUAAAGUCAUCAAAUCUUUUGAUUUGGGACGUAACAAGUUUUCAUUUUCGGGAUUAUUUGCAUGCAAGCGAAAACUGAAACUGAUUUCAUGGACAGGCGCUUAGUUGUAUCCUUUUUCUCAACUAAGAAAAAUUUCAUGCGAAAUGUAUUGCAGUGCAAGAGUCUAUAUAAACAUGUAUCUCUACAGAGGACAACGCACAUUUUCAUAUGAAACACAAUGUCAAAGAAAGCAGACUUGUUGAGUGAUAUCAAUGAAGAAGACCAAGAAAACCAAACUCUGGUCUUCAAAGUGUUUGGUUACGGGUCUCUUCUGUGGAAAGUGAACUUUAAUUAUUCUAGUCGUGAUCAUGGUCAUAUCAAAGGGUUCCAGAGAAAAUUCUGGCAGAACAACAAGACUCAUCGUGGGACAGAAGGAAAGCCUGGACGAGUGGCCAUAAUACACAAAGCUGAAGAAAAAACACUGAGCGGUGUGAUGUUUACCAUUAAGGGUGCAUCAGACAUUGAGAAUGCCAAACAGAUAUUGGAUACACGGGAAACAGUGCUCGGUGGUUACAUCUCAAUUCAGACCACGUUCUACGAUGAAUAUGGUGUCCAGUCCGAGGUCACUGUAUUUACAGCUACCCCUGACAACGACCUCUAUGUGGGACAGAUUUGUGAUCAUCCUCAUGAUGACGUAGAACACAUAGCUACACAGGUUGUCGGUGCCCAAGGCCGCGCUGGAACCAAUGCAGAAUACGUCAUCAAACUUGCAGACUACGUAAGAACACAUUUUCCAAACGAGGACGACGAACAUUUAUUUUUGCUCGAUAAAAAAGUCACCGCAAAAUUGAGUAAUCGUUCGCGGACAGUUCAAAUCAACUACGAACAACUGAAUGGUAUAAACCAUCAUGAUAUUUGAUUUUCUAAAUGUCUCAACAAAUGUACGUUGCUCUUAUUAUUAUUGUUUUGUUAUGCUUUUUAUUGUUAAAAAUGUUUGAUGUCAUUAUUCGAACUCUCUAUCCUGUUAAUCUAUAUUGCUACCGUUUCAUCAAAAAUUGAACAAUAUAAACAAUCUGCAUGAAAUUGUAUGUUUGCAAUAAGUUGGCAAAGUAAAAAUAAACAAGAAACUAAC